UUGUUUUUAGACCAAGCAAGGUGAUUGCAUCGAUUCAUACACAGCAUCAGACAUGGAACUACAGAACCCUAGAAUUGCGUAGAACAAAAGAGUUGGAACCCUAACCCUAAUUCAACUUUAUUUGUUCACAAGUUAGGGUUUUUAUUGAAGGUUUCAGUUUUAAUGGACAUUGAUGUGGCUCGAUGGGUUCUCGAUUUCAUUCUUCGGCAAUCGGUGGACGACCGCUUGCUGAACGCUCUGAUUCGAGUUCUUCCUCUUCCGAACGACAAUUCGAGUUUGAAGAAAGCAAUGCUACUGCGAAGAAUAGAGUCGGAGAUUGCAAAGUGUUUGGUUUCCGAGAAAAUUCUCGAACUAUUGGAACGUAUCGAAGAGUUGGAUUGUGAAGAAGGCGUUGAGGCUUCGAAGGCAAUGAAAGGGGCGUAUUGCGCAGUGGCAGUGGAUUGUGUUGUAAGGUUUCUUGAUGAGAGUGAGGACAAAGAAGCUAAGUAUUUUGAUGCCGUGAAGAGAAUUUGGAGGGGUAGGGUAUGGAAGAUGGAGAGGUCGGAGAAGGCGGUGGGAUUGGUUUCGGAUGAAUUGCGGAGUUGGAAGGACGAGAUUGAGGCGGUGGUUUGGGAUGCAAGUGUUUGUGAAAAUGUGCAAAUGAGGAAUAGACGGAAUGAUGCAUUGGAGGCGGUUAGAACCUAUGUUGCUGAAGUUUGGGAGAUUAUGGGUCCGUCGUUUCUUGACUUGGUGGCUGAGACAGUGAGUGAUGACACAAUGAAGGAAGUGCUGGGAUUGGGCAAUAACCAAGUAUGCAACGGAGUUGGAGAGAUAGCAGCUUGUAUGCCGGAUUCGAGUCAUGAUUUGAUUGCCGGCAAAGGCAAUAAUGAAAUGCAGAGGGGUAUUGCGCUGCCCAGACGCAAGCAUGUUGCUGUCAAACGAGGUAGAGUGAGCUCUGGGACUUCUAGAGGAGUUAAGAUUGCUGAUUCAGAUGAUUUGGACAUAGGGAAAUCAUCAAACAAUUAUGGCUGCCUACCUACUCCUGAAAUUAAUAAAGUACAAGAAGCACUCAGAACCAGUCGUUUGGAUCUACGUGCAGCAGUGAAAGAUCCCCUUCCUGAUGCACUACAGGUUGCUGAAAACGUAAUAUCUAGCAUGAGAAGAGAAGAUAUGAAUCAGGAGCCUUCCGUGGAAGGACAGAAGGUAGAUGUGGAAAUAUCCAUUCAUUCUGUUGACAGGAGUGCUGAGGCUGCUCAGGCCAAUGAGGCUAAUCUCGGAAAUCAAUGUUCCAGGCAUCAGAAUAAUGUGCCUAAACCCAGCCUAAUGGCACGCAAUAGUACCGCCCACACUUGUGAGUGGGACGAUUCUAUUGACAGCUUAUCUGAAGGGUCACCUGGCCGUGGGAGUAUUCACUUGCCUACCCCAAAGAGAAGGCUUGUUUCUCCUUUGAAGAAGUACGAAAUUAAAAAAAUUGGAAUGAGGAGAAAACAUAAGAAAUGGAGUACCCUGGAAGAAGACACCUUGAGAACUGGUGUGCAGAAGUAUGUGAUUCUUUUGUACGGUAUGGGGAACUGGAAGCUUAUCUUAGAUUCAUAUCGUGACAUAUUUGAACAGAGAACCGAGGUUGAUUUGAAGGACAAGUGGAGAAACAUGAUACGAUAUUGACUCUUAUAAAAGGAUUCUGCAGUUGUUUGUAUUAUAGUUGAGGGUGGGCAGAUUGGAGUGUAGUUAUGCUAGGUCUUAUAUCCACAGGCAUGGCAUCAAAUUAUCAGUCAACUUAAAUCAAGAAGCCGAAGUAGCGUACUGGCAUGAACUUUUUGGAUGCUUAAUUAUGGGUAGCUUGGCUGAGGCUUUUAUAUAGCUAGGUCCAAGUCAUUUCAACAAUCAAAUUAGCUCGAGCUUGUUGAGUCUAGAUUAGCAGGGAAGUUAUUUCCAGCAGCUGUUGAUCCAGUCCAUGGUUGCUUUUCUGAGCUCCUUAACCAGGCUAACUGUAUAACCAAAGCAGAAGUUGAGCUUUUGUUUCUCAUUGGCUCAAUAUGUAGCUUUUUGCAAUUAGAAUUAUGAAUUAUUUUGGCAAAUUUCUGUAUAUCCAUUGAUGUAGUUAAAAUUUUACUAUGUAUAUACUGAUAUAGUACAAAUUUUUUUUUUAUGGGUUAUAGGACUGUGUUAUGUUGUUGCUUGUUGCA